AUGCAUUCCGUAUUUCGAAUUCGAGAAAUCAAACCAAUCAACAAGGAUAACCGUCUCUGGCAGGUGGAUCUGUCACUGACUAGUGAUACUGAUCCAGAGCUGCAAACUUUAACAGAAUGCUUACGUAAUGAAACAUUUCCAACUGAAAGUGGAUGGUAUCGAUUAGGUGCAUUAUUGAUUACAAUGGGUCAAUUUGAUAAUGCUUAUCAAGUAUACGAAAUGCUAUUGAAGCAGACACAUGAUGAUUGGGAAAAGGCGAAUAUUUAUCAUCAACUUGGACGAGUUCAGGAUUACAAAGGAGAAUAUGCAGAAUCGAUUAGAUUCAAUGAAAAAGCACUUGAAAUCAAACAAAAAACCCUUCCUCCAGAUGAUUACAAUUUGGCUGUCACUUACAACAAUAUCGGUUUGGUAUAUGAGAAAAUGAGCGAGUAUUCAAAAGCUCUUUCAUUCGGUGAAAAAGCGCUCGAAAUCAAACAAAAAAUCCUUCCGCCAAAUCAUCCUGCUUUGGCUAAUUCUUACAACAAUAUCGGCUUGGUGUAUGAUAAGAUGGGCGAGUAUUCAAAAGCUCUUUCGUUUCAAGAAAAAGCACUUGCUAUCAAACAAAAAUGUUUUCCUCCGAAUCAUCCUGAGUUAGCUAUUACUUAUAACAAUCUCAGUCGGGUAUAUACCAAUAUGGCUGACUAUUCGAAAGCACUUUUAUUCUGUGAACGUGCUCUGCAUAUUGGACAAAGUUCGUUACCUCCAAAUCAUCCUGACCUUCAAAAAUAUCAAAAAGACAUUGAAAGUUUAAGAAAGAAAAUAUAA